AUGUGCGUGAGUCAGUGCGUGUAUGAAUUACAUCUACAGUUAUCGCGGUUCUUAGAUAAUGAUAUGUGGACAGUGCUGGACGCCAUGACACACAGCCGGGCUGAGAACAUAGGUACGCAGACAGCAAAACGGCAAGAACACAAAUUGACGAACCUAAUUAAACACAUCUACCCGCAUAAGUCGCUCAAGGUCGCGACAAAAAGUACUGAAGCAGUGACGGUCGUCAAUUUGUCAUCCAAAGAAUUGUCCGAGGACACUGUGUCUGUGUUAUCCCGUGGACUCAACUUUGCACCAACACCGCGCAGAAUACCCGUUGAGGAUAUUAUUACAAAUAUUGAAAAUACCAUCUUCAGAAAUAAAAUACCUCACGGAGAUGCUGAUUGCCUGCGCCAGGAUGUGUCUACGUUAUUGCGUAAGUCUCCCCUGCCUAAGAGCAAUAUUACCCUCAAGGAGGUUAGUGCCCUGCGGGAGUUGCGCAAUGAUGAGUCAUUGUUAGUGCUACCAGCCGACAAAGGUAACGCCACUGUAGUCGUCGACACCGAAGCGUACGAACACAAGAUAACGCAAAUGGUGGGCGACACAAGUGUUUAUUGUAAAGUUAGUUACAAUCCUACAUCCCGAGUCACGACAAAGGUAAACAAACUUCUCCACAUCAUCGGUGACAAGGAGCUGGUAGCACAACUACGUCCACUCAAUCCGACACCACCCAAAAUUUAUGGUUUGCCAAAAAUACAUAAAUCAAAUUGGCCCCUACGACCUAUAGUUAGCCAGAUAGACGCACCGACCUACAAACUGUCGCGUCACCUGGCUACACUAUUACAGCCACACACCGGCAAAACGAGUAGCUACGUGAGAGACUCCCGUCAUUUUGUUGAGUUGCUAGAGGGUAUACAGCUGCAGGACACAGAUAUAAUGGUUAGUUUUGACAUUACGUCGCUGUUUACCAACGUACCAGUAGAUGAGGUCAUACAAAUAAUCACAACCCUUUUAGGCGGAACUACACUACCUACUGGCUACGUUGAGAGUAUCACGUAUUGUCUCAAAAGUGGAUAUUUCCUGUGGCGAGGGGACUUUUACCUCCAAAUUGACGGAGUGGCUAUGGGCUCACCACUGGCGCCCGUUGUGGCUAACAUUUUUAUGGAGUGGUUCGAGGAAAAAGCACUAGAGUCUGCAAACGUGAAACCGCGAUACUGGUGGCGAUAUGUAGACGAUAUUUUUGCUGUUGUCGCCCGGGACUCAUUGAAGGACCUGACGUCACACCUAAAUCGGGUGCACGCGAAGAUAGAGGUCACCAUAGAGGAGGAAAAAGAAGGAAAGUUACCGUUCCUGGACGUACUGGUCAUUCGAGAGCCGAACGGACGGGUGACUCAUACCGUAUACCGGAAGCCAACGCACACAGACCGGUACCUACGGGCCGACUCUCAUCACCACCCCUCACACCUAUCUUCGGUGCCUCGUACGCUGCUGAACCGAGCACUCGCUCUAUGCGACCAUGAUUACGUCAAUGCGGAACUGAGGCAUGUACGUGACGUAUUAGAGCGCAACGGAUAUCAGUGGCGCAAGUGUAGACGUCUCCUGGGAUCUGCGGGUGAAGCUCAUGAUACCUCACUUGUGUUUAAAAUCGGUGAAGUGAACAAUGCACUGUCGAAGGUUGUCCAUAGGUUUAAUGUUAAUAAUCUACUCUUGAAUUCUUCUAAAACCAAAUUGAUACAAUUUUCAACGCCUAAUGUGAGGCAACUAGAUACCAAUGUACAACUGAACGGAGUAGAGUUGGACCCUGUCGAGUCAACUGUUUUUCUUAGCAUAACUGUUGAUGCCAAAUUGCAGUGGGGCCCACACGUUGAGAAGUUGCCUAGAAGAUUAAGCUCUGCCGCUUAUGCUGUAAAUCCGACACAUAACUGA